UAACCGAGUAAUAAAGGAUUCAGGAAAGAAAAGAGUUAUACCAGAUACUCCAGGCCAAAAAAAAAGCAAACAGAAAUUAACCUAUAUUUUCCCCUUUACAGUUUUCAUUGUAUUAUGUAUCCAAAUGAAACACCAAAGUUCAUCAGAAUAGAGAAGCUAUUAAAUAUUGAGAAGAAAUUGUAAAGAGAGGCUUGGAACAACAGGCUCUGGACAGUGUGAUGCACAGAACUUUCCGUGCAGUGAGAGAGAGUGAGCGAGCGAGCACGAGCGCAUCUGAGCUACCCAUUUUGUUUGUCAACUCAACAUAAAUUGACAGCAUACUGUUCAGUUGUGGAUCUUUUCUAAGAGUAUUUCUAAGAGUUUGAUUAGAUAUGAAAUAGAGCUUGGAAAAACCUUCACGUCCCUGAGGCAGCUGGUUCUCAAACUUACCUCCAUCAAAACACAGAUUUCCUAUAAGCUGGACUGAGUCAUUGUACCAUGUAAAACCAACCAAAAAUAAUUUCCUUCUUUUUUUCCACUGAAAGAUUGAAAAAAGUUGGUAAUGGGUAAAAUUUUCUUCAAUAUAUGUUUUCUAGUGCAUAUUUUUGUUGAACCUCACCUUAGUAUCAUCAAGUAACAAAUACAAAUGCAAAAAACUGUUGUCUGUGGAUCAUACUUAAAUAUUUGGUGAGGACACCAACUUUUGUGUAUGUUUUUUAUGUAACAUUAUCAAGUAUUUUACAAGUAAAAUUGUUCCCAUUUCAUAUAGUGGAAUUAAACAUAACAGUAUUUAAUGGUGCUCCACAACUAUCAGCACAGAGUAGCUCAGGGUUUUUAGGUGUUCUGCUACAUGAAUCAGUUUGGAAACCUUGCCUGAGCCUCACUGCUGAACACCUGAAGUGCAGAUAUCUGUGAUGGUGACUGGAAAAGUAUCCAUUGGCUCCAGGCAUCAGGAGUAGGGGCAGCAAAUCUGACACUUUGUUAUAAAAAAAGAAAGAGCCCAAAUGAUUCCUUGCUUUGAUGAAGACCUUGUAGCAAAGGCAGUUGUUUAAAAAUUAUAGCUAGUGUGUCCACUGAAGUCUUUCUUACGUGCUGGACACCAUGCUAUGAGUUCUACAUGCAAUAUCUGUAAACCUCACAACAGCCUUGCAAGGUAGAGUCCGUUUUCAUCCGUGUUUUCCAGGUGAGGAAACUGUGACAGACAAGCUCAGUGACCUGGUCAAGGCCACAGAGUUAUGAAAUGGUAGAGGACAGCUCAGGUCUGUCUGACCCUCCCACCGCUACGUGCACUGCCUCACAGUCAUCAAGACUUCUCUGAAAGCAAUUUUGCCUCUGCAAAUUCUCGAACAAGAACUCUGUUGAAGCUCCAUAAAAUGUAUAACCUUAGUUUUGAAAAUUUCUAGGGCAAGAGUUUUACUAACUUAAAAAAAAAAGUCGCUGUUUUUUACCUUUGACCACAACCACAUCUCAGAGUCACUGACUUAGUCAAGGAAUGUACCCCCUGGGUAAGUAAACAAAGUAACCUGCUGAAUAAGGCCUUUUGUUCCCUCUGCCUGCAUGCUGCUGAAAAUGGUGUUUUUGUUUUUUUGUUUUUAAUUUUUGCUUUCGUAUAGAAUUUUUGGUGGCUUUAAAUGAGGCAUUAUACCUGAAGCCUGUAGUCUAGUGGCACAGAUGCUGGUCUCCUGCCCCGUGUGCUCUGGCGUCUGUAACCCACAGGGGAAAGCCCUGUCCCUUUCAAGGGUGAUAACUGACCCAGCCAAUGAGCUGGUUUCACUUACAAGUCCCCUCUUUGAAACCAUGCCAUGGGGAAUUGUAUUCCAGUAUGUAUGUUAAUUUUUGCCCCUAAUAUCUAGUUUCCAUCUCUAAAAUUAUUUCCUUUCAAAGGGCCUAAAAUUUAUUUAUUUUUGUAUAGCUCAUUAACAGUGACUGAAAUUUAGUUCAGUUUAAAUUUCUCUCAUGCUGACUUUGCCAAGCUUUCGUUGAUUUCUAGGCUUUCCGACAAGAUUGGGUCAAACUAGACUCCUGAUUACCACUAAUGGGGCAACAGUCAGGCUUUCAGGAGGAAGAAGAAAGAGAUAAGGGAACUGUUUUGAAUCCCAUGGUCCCAGGAGUUUUUAAAAAUGGUUUCCAGGACAUCCUUACUCCAUUUCAUCCUUCUCAGUUCUCUGCCAUCUGCUUCCCUGGAGAUGCACUAGGAAUAGACAGAGAAUGUAAAGAGAGGUGGCCUCAAGGAUAUCAGCAUAAGGUUUAGAGUAUUUUAAGAGCAAACUGAUCACUGCUUUCCUAUGUUGUCCAUCUCUCAUUUGAAGAUAUGCUUGGAAAAGCCUAUUUUUAUGCAAUUUUAUUAAGAUAUAAUCACACAACAUACAGUCAUUCAAAGUGUACCAUCAGUUAUUCUCAGUAUUCUCAUAUAGUUGUGCUUUCAUCACCACAAUCAAACUUUGAACAUUUUCAUUACUCCAAAAAAUAAAAUAAAAAUUAAAAUAAAAAAGAGCCUUUUGGCUCUCUGAGAAGCACCAUGGUGGUAGGCAAGAACAAGCACCUUACAAAAGGUAGCAAAAAAGGAUCCAAGAAGAAAGUGGUUGAUCGAUUUUCUAAGAAAGACUGGUAUGAUGUGAAAGCACCAGCAAUGUUUAAUAUAAGAAAUAUUGGGAAAACACUAAUUACAAGGACUCAAGGAACCAAAAUUGCUUCUGAUGGCCUUAAGGGUCGUGUUUUUAAAGUGAGCCUUGCUGAUCUGCAGAAUGAUGAAGCUGCAUUUAGAAAAUUCAAGCUGAUUACUGAAGAUGUGCAGGGCAAAAACUGCCUAACCAACUUCCAUGGCAUGGAUCUUACCCAUGACAAAAUGUAUUCCAUGGUCAAAAAAUGGCAGACCAUGAUUGAAGCUCAUGUUGAUGUCAGAACUCCCGAUGGUUAUUUGUUUCAUCUUUUCUGUGUUGGUUUUAUCAAAAAACACAACGAUCAGAUUCAGAAGACUUCUUAUGCUCAGCACCAACAAGUCCUCCAAAUCCGGAAAAAGAUGAUGGAAAUCAUGACCCAACAGGUGCAGACGAAUGACUUGAAAGAAGUGGUCAGUAAAUUGAUUCCAGACAGCAUUGGUAAAGACAUAGAAAAGGCUUGCCAAUUUAUCUAUCCUCUCCAUGAUGUGUUUGUUAGAAAAGUAAAAAUGCUGAAGAAGCCCAAGUUUGAAUUGGGAAAAUGCAUGGAGCUUCACGGUGAAGGUAGUAGUUCUGGAAAAGCAACUGGAGAUGAGACAGGUGCUAAAGUGAAACGAGCUGAUGGUUAUGAGCCACCAGUCCAAGAAUCUGUUUAAAAUGCAGACAAAAUA